AUGCCCACCACCACCAUGGCGCCCAUCUCUGUCACCGCAGUUCCCCCUCCCACCAUCCCGACCAAGAUCAAGCGCCCCAUUCCUUCGGGCAUACAGACCAAUGGAAUUAACUCCAUGCGGUCAUCUCCCUCGCCAUCCAUAUCGUCUAAAAAGCCGCCGGCAACGGCCAAAUCGGUCAUGACCGGCCCAACAGCCAUCACAGUCACGCCAGUCCGGCCACCAACCCGGCCGGUGCGCCGCGAGAACUCCAUCUCCCAGGGUGGCGCUACUCGCAAUGCGAAGGCCGUCGCCGGCAUGCGCGCCGGUAGCAUUGCCGUGGACACGUCUAUAGCCCUGGUCGUUGAGCCUCGUCCCUAUGUCGUCACCGAUGUGUACAUCCUGAAGAAGUACAGCGGAAACCCACCCUCACUCGUGGUGCACAUGCACGCGACACACUUUCGCUUCGACCAGCAGGACGGCAUCUUUCCGUACAAGUCGCCCAUGCGCGUAUUUCUCGAACACCUGAAAGCACGCACUGUCCCACAUGACCUGGUCGAAUACUUUAUACAAGGCGGUGUUCCUUUUUAUGAGGGCUGCCUGAUAGUCCAGGUGUACGACCACAAGGCUGCAGUGCAGUCGAAGGAUACAGUCCGCACUACAGCCACACCAACCAACGACACCGCUCCGUUUUCCAUUCAUAAAUUCAGUCCGUAUCUUACACCAUCACCAUAUGCUCCUUUCCCGAAAGAGAACGUCACACCAGAUGCCAAAGGCGGUCCGGCGGGCGCGGCUGACAAGAAGCCCAAGGAAAAGGCGCAGCAAGAAACGACUGACAUAAAUAACGCAGCUGCAGCGAACGGGGCAUUGGAGGACCAAAAGAACAAGGUGCCAGCGAGGCCCCGGAUCUUCACGGUUGUCCUGCAUCCGACAGCGCAAAGUCUGCAUGCAGACAUGGCCUUGAAAGCAGUCACGCCUCGUGGUGCAGAGACGCGGCGCGAUGCAAAUGGCAUGACAUACAUCCCACCACCCACUCCGAUGACUGCAGUACCACCGACCCCCGGCGGUCCGGCAUCAAAACGGCAGAAGCGGGAACGGAUGGAGCUCGACGGCAGCAACAUUCCAGAAUUUGAGGCCAGGGUGAUCUUCUCGACGUCGGCCGAGCUUGAUUUGGAGCCGGCAAAGAGCGUGGAGGACGUGAUUCGGAAGCUCGAUGCCCAGGCACAUCCCGAUCACUCCCAUCUGCCACCGCAGCCGAAGACGAGGAAGCGGACGGUGGCCGAAAUGGCGGCCGACGAAGCUUUGGCUGCCGGCCUGGAACGGUACAUGCUCACUCUCGACGAGCGUAUCCACCCAAGCGGAUCGAGUGGCCAAGGUGUUGCAAACGGCGCCGACGGCGAUGUCCAAGGCGGUGCUGCUGCUUUUGAGCCCCGCUUCGAGCGUUUCAAGCUUAUCGAGGAGAUCAAGCGCGAGCACAAAGAGCCCCAGCGGCGUACCAUGGCCAUCCAGCAAGCACAGGCAAGAGCACAUGCGGCACAGCUGCAGCAGGCUCAGGCUCACCAGGCGCAAGCCAUGCAAGGCCGACCCCAGACACCGAGUCAGCAAGCCGCCGCCCAGGCUCAGGCUCAGGCUCAGGCUCAGGCACAGGCACAGGCUCAGGCUCAUGCGCAAAAGGCAGCAGCUGCGGCGAUGGGUCAGGCUCAUGCAGGCAUGGCGAACGGCUUCACCGGAAUGCCCAACGGCAUGACGUCGCAGCAGGCGGCCCAGAUGCAAACCCGACUGCAAGCGGCCCAGCAACAACAGCCGACAGCGUCGCCAGGCGGCCGACAGAACACGCCGCAGACCAUGUCCUCGCCGAUGGUGGGACCGGUGGCAAUGCAGGCGUCGACGUCCAGCAUGGCCGGCAGUCCACCACGGCCGCCGUCGGUGGCACAGACACAUGGUCCGAUGGCUGCACCAAUGUCGGUCACCAUGUCUGCCCGCGGCAGCCAGCAGAGCCACACGGCAGGGACGCCGCGGAUUCCCCAUUCGACGCCGAAUAUGCAGCAGCAGGUGGCGACGCCUAUCAGCCGGCCCCAGCAGCUUGCGCAGACGCCGCGGAUGGCGACCCAGGGCACCAGACUUUAUGGCCAGAAUAUUGGCGGAGUGGCGGCACGGUAUGGCGGGAACGAAAAGAACAUCCCGCCCGAGGAACUCGACCGCUUUAAUAAGAUGUGCCUGGCUCAGGCGCAGCAGAUGCAAAACAUGCCGCAGGGCAUGCCGCAGGGCAUGACGCAGGUCAUACCACAGGGCAUGCCACAGGGUAUUCCUCACAGCAUGGCCCAGGGCCUGCAGCAGGGGAUGGCACAGGUUAUGCCGCAAGGCAUGCAUCAAGGCAUGGUGCAGGGCCUGUCGCAGGGGAUGCAGCAGGGGAUGCAGCAAGCCAUGGUGCAGGGCAUGAAUCCGGGCAUGAAUCCGGGUAUGAACCAGGGCAUGGCCCAGGGCAUGGCUCAGGGUAUGGGCGGCCUGGGCGGCAUGAUGCCACAAGGCCUGCAAUAG